AGGAUAGAGGAGGCGUUUUGUAUAAACUGCUUCUAGUAGCUAGGGCUAAUAACUUGCACACGGGGAACGCGCGCGCGCGCGCACGACGCGACGCGGCGCCGAUGUCGUGCGCUGUAGACUACGCUAUUGGCACUUCGCGUCCUCCGCGACGGCAUCCGCCUGCGAGAGGGAAGGAGAGACGAAGAGACGAAGAAGAGGUGAGUCGACCGAUGGAGGCGCGCGGGCGCCGCGUCGCUUCGCGCGCGCCGUGCCCAUCAGAAUAA